AUGUCAAAGCGCCCCCUAUCUUCUCAUAGCGCCGUCUACAACGAUGCACCGAAUCAGUCAAGCAAAAGACAGCAAACGAAAGAUUCAAGAGAGGGUCAACUAUCAGAUGCAGAAUUCAAGGCGCUGAAACAUUUGGCCGAUAAUGCCGACGACCUUAUCUCGGCUCUGCAUCAGCUAAAGCAAUGCAACUCCAGCAUCAAUGAAAGACGCGGUCAGGAUACUGCACUAUUGGCGGCGAGACAGAAUCUAUCAGAACUGGGAGACAAGGUCACACCAGAGUUACAGCUACUCUCUCAGACACGAUACUCGAAUCUAGACGCUGUUAGCAUUUCAAAUUCGUCACCGCUUAGCCUGCGGAUUCCCUCUAUGGAUUACGCGACACCUUGGCGGUCAUCGGAAAUGUCACGACAGCUGCCACCACUACCGACAAUCAAGGACAGGAAGUUCGAAGAUUUGGCCUUUACGCAUCCAGGUUUCAUUCCCGGAAGCAGUCCGGAUAAGCAAUAUGAGAGGUUGGAAUGGCUAGGGGACGCAUAUCUGGAACUUAUCGCCACUGCUCUCAUCGACAAGACAUUCCUGCAGCUGCCUUCUGGUCGUUGCUCCCAAAUCCGAGAGAGGCUUAUUCGAAACACCACACUGGCAGCAUAUUUUCGAGAAUACGGGCUGGAAUCGCGAGCCAGACUUCCGAGAGAUGUUAGGAAUCAGAAGCAUCCAGGCAGGGGCAGCUCCAGUGACAAGGACCUGCUGAAGACCCAGAGUGACAUGUUUGAGGCCUACGUCGCAGCCGUCAUUCUCUCAGAUCCCAUCCAUGGCAUCGAAAUUGUGGUUCGCUGGUUGAAAGCACUUUGGGGCCGUGAUAUCAUCGAAGACGUGCAGAGAGCAGAGCAGGGCGAGGCACCGCUACCAAGGACCGAGAAUACGGGACGCAAAAGAACUCCAAAGGAGGAGCUGAGCUACAAGCUUGUGGUUAAAGGGAUCACGCUUCGAUACGAAAGAAUGGAGUCAAAUAAGAGAGACAGGCAUCUCGGCCAGGAACUAUUUACGGUUGGUGUCUACCUGGACGGUUGGGGUGAGACGGGCAAGCUGUUGGGAGUGGGCUCUGCCCUCAGCAUCAAGGAGGCAGGCCAAAAAGCUGCCGCGGAAGUUCUGGAACACAAAAAGUUGAUGAAGGUAUAUGAAGGCAAGAAGAAAGCUUUUGCAGAGGCAAAAGGGGUGUAG